GAUAAGGGGGUCAUAAAAGCCGGCUUGACCGAAGCAGAGCUGAACAAAGACAGAUUUAAAAUUGAACGCAUUAUAUUUAAUUAAAAACAUUUGAGUCAUUGAGUGAGCAGCAAAAUGUUUCCUGCGCUUUGUGGAGCUUUAUUGAUUUUGGCUUUUAAGCCCAGCGCGUUUGCUAACGAGAAAUUCCAAUACGAAAUCAAAGAAUUUUCCGUGCCGCUGGAUCACUUUAGUUUUCUGAGCAAUGAGAGCUUCAACAUACGUUAUCUAUGCAACGACUCCUACGUGGACAAAAGCAACUUAGAGCCACCAAUAUUCUUCUACACGGGCAACGAGGGCGACAUCGAGUGGUUCGCGCAGAACAGCGGCUUCGUCUGGGAGCUGGCGGCCAAGCAGCGGGCGCUGGUUGUCUUUGCGGAGCAUCGCUACUACGGCAAAUCAAUGCCGUAUGGCGCCGACACCUUUAAUACCAGCAAGCCGGAGCAUUUGGCCUACUUCACCGUGGAGCAGACGCUGGAGGAUUACGCCCAACUGAUCACCUAUCUGCGCAAUGGAAAACGUUUGCCUGUGGUGGCAUUUGGUGGCUCCUAUGGUGGCAUGCUGGCGGCCUGGUUUCGCAUGAAGUAUCCGCAUAUUGUGGUUGGCGCACUGGCCGCCUCGGCGCCCAUACUUCAGUUUUCCGGGCUGACGCCGUGCGAUAUCUUCAACAAGAUAACCACCUCGGUGUUUGCGACCGCUUACAAUGCCAACUGCAGCGUCAACAUAGGCAAGUCCUGGAAGGCCUUCGAGUCGAUGGCGGCCACAGAUGCCGGCAAGAAGCAGCUGGGCGACAUCUUUCACGUGUGCAACGCCAUCAAGAACGCCGAUGAUCUGAAGAACUUUAUGGAUUACCUCGAGGAGGUCUACGGCAACCUGGCCAUGGCGAACUAUCCCUACAACUCCACAUUUCUGUCGCCGCUACCCGCCAAUCCUGUGCGCCAGCUUUGCUUUUAUCUAAAGGAUCUGCAUCAGAACGAUACGGAUCUGGUGGCCAGCAUGGCCAGCGCAUUGGCUGUCUAUACGAAUUACACAGGCAGCACCAAGUGCCUGGACUACAACGACUCGAACGCUGGCGCCAACUAUGACAGCAAGGGCUGGGACAUACAGAGCUGCAAUCAAAUGGUCAUGCCAAUGUGUGCCAACAGCAGCGACACCAUGUUCCGCACCAGCAACUGGGACUUCAAGGAGGUCUCGGACAAGUGCUACAAGCAGUUCCAUAUCACGCCCAAGGCCUACGACAUCGUGCUGCGCUAUGGUGGCCGAGAUCUGGAGGCGGCUAGCAACAUCAUCUUCAGCAAUGGCCUGCUCGAUCCCUGGAGCGGCGGCGGCGUCCUGAGUGCACCAAACAACCAAAUUCAUGUCAUCAUUUUGCCAGAGGGUGCCCACCACCUGGAUCUGCGCCAGAGCAAUCCCUUGGAUCCGGCCUCAGUAACGAGCGCACGUCAGAAGGAGGCGGAGAUCAUAGCGCAAUGGAUAAGCCAUUUUUAAGCAACAGAUUUCGAGUGUAAUUUGAAUUCUUAAUUAAUUUGCAAUAAAAACAAUGAUUGAGCCUUAUUUUUAAAUAUUUCUUUAAUAUAUAUGCAUAAAGGUACAGUUGUUCACAAGAAAGGAAAUCUUAAAAUUUACAGAAGCAGCAAAAACACACAAAAAAUUUAAC